UGUACAGUUAAUUUUGGAAUGUUCCAUUUAAUCGGAUUAUCUUUUUGCUUGUUAUUUUUCCCGCAGUUGGAUGUGCUUUUAAUUUGAAAUGCGGACCUGCCUCUUGUUCCUGCUCCCUUGCUUUCAGCGCGUGACUUGACGCUGCUCCCUGUUGAGAGCAGAGCUCCAGCCUCCACGCGCGGCCGCUGCGCGUUCCGUCCGUCCACAGGCUCCUCGGGCCGCCGUGAUGCUCAGGUUCGGACGGCCCCGCUGAGCCGGCAGAGCCGCUCCUCCUCUUCACCACUGCGGAGGAUGGUGACGGCAAACGGGUGGUUUUAACUUAGGAUUGUUUUUCUUCUUCUUCUUCUUCUGCGAGGCGCCUUUGAACUGGUGAGGAUCCGCCGCCGUCGCGCGCGUGCACGUUCACCUGCUCGGCUCCACAGUGGACCUGGGAUGACGGAAGUGGAGCCAGUGCUGGACUUCGCCUCCUCUGGUCGCUCCGGGAGGAGAAAUGCUCUGCCUGACAUCCUUGGGUCUCCAGCAGGAGUCAACCCUGGUGACCUGCCUCUGAAACUGGCUGAACUGUCCCUGGAAGAUGGUCCGGGAGAAGCUCAGUCACCGACAGCGGAGGAGCCCCCGGCUCCACCGGAGAGCUCGGAGGGGAAGGAGGGAUCAUAGGAACCUGUUUACUCCCCUCCCUGAAGACCUGCAGAGACCACCUGAGAGAUGGGGCGAGCAGCAGCAGAAACCCUGAGGGGGACGGGGCAGAGAGGCGGUGUGUCGUGGAGCCUCGAAGGGAGAGUGACGGAGCAACGAUGAGRGGAACCAGGAGCUCCUCACUCAAGGAAAACUUUCACAUGCCUGGUAGCCGGGUGGAGACACUUUAACACAAGGACAGCCUAAAGGAAUAAGAGGGAUUGCACUUUGUACAGAACUAUUUUUAUAUUGGUCAUUUAAAAUGAAGAAAACAGGAAGUUAAUUCUGUUGUUUUUUCUUUGGUAAAACCYUCUGUUAAGUCACAAGAGUUCAGCUUGAAGCUUUGUUAAACUAAAGUCCACUUUUACACUAAAUCUGUAUCAUGUACUGUACCUACUCAAUGCAGAUGUAGGGUUUAUACCCAUCAGACUGUUUGAACUCCAACAACCAUCAGGGACUAAAUACAUCUUUUAAAAAGUACAGCCUGGUCAAUGUUAUAUUCUGUCAGAUAGUUCUCAAUGUUUAGUACCUUACCAGCUGUGACAUCCGUCAUAAAACACACAAUAUGGAGAAGCGGACAUGUUUGUGUCAAGGCUAGGCUAAUAGCUAGCCAAACAAGGGUCCAUUUAAUAUAUCUUUCUCAAACAUGACAGGAUAUUGCAAAUCAGUCUGUAUUAGCAAAUUUUAACUUCUA